UAAUAUAAAAAUUAAAAAUUUACCUAGUACUUGAAAGGGAUUUUCAGCGCGGGGCGGGCGGGGGACCUGCGCGGUGGAUCCGGCAGUAAGCGCCUACCGCCCGUUCUGAGCGCACGUCGCGAGUGUGUCCCGCAGCCUACUCUCCCGUACAAUACAGCCGUGCAAAGUGCAGUGAUAGUGCGUUUUGGAUGCCAUGUGAUAAAAACAAACAGUUCUAACUGUGUGACUAGGAGUUUGCGUGAUUGGGAACCAAUUAGGUGCCGUGCCGUGUAGAGCUGCGAGCCAAGUGCGCGAGUGUUAGUGUAGUGGCCGGGCAUGUGGAGGUGAAGCGAUGCGCGAACGGUGCCGCGCCGCGGCGCUCGCGCUGCUGCUGCUGACGCACUUCUCUCCAGUGACAAGUGACGUCGCCGGCGGCGCGGCGAUCAACUCUCUCCCAGGCGGCGCCGCCGCGCGCCUCGCGCCGUCCUUUGACGCCGCCACGCCGAGAAACGUCACAGCACUAGUGGGCAAGUCGGCGUACCUGAGCUGCCGCGUGCGCAACCUUGGGAAUAGAACGGUAUCCUGGAUCCGUCACCGGGAUCUCCACAUCCUGACCGUCGGCGGCUACACGUACACCUCCGACCAACGGUUCCAAGCUACCCACUCGCCGCAGACCGACGACUGGACGCUACACAUCAAAUGGGCUCAGCAACGCGACGCUGGCGUCUACGAGUGUCAGGUGUCGACGCAGCCUGUGCGGUCCUUCUUCGUGACGCUGCACGUUGUUGUGCCAUCAGCGCGCAUCCUGGGCGGGCCUGAUCUUCACGUGGACAUGGGAUCCACCAUCAACCUGACCUGCCUCAUUCAGUUCAGCCCUGAGCCACCCGCCUACAUCUUCUGGUACCACGAGGACGAGCAGGUGAUAUCGUACGACUCGUCCCGCGGCGGCGUCUCCGUGGUGACGGAGAAGGGGGCGGCCACCACCAGCUAUCUCCUGGUCCAGGAUGCAGCCCCGGCUGACUCAGGCCGGUACUCCUGCUCCCCUUCCAACGCUGAGGUCGCUUCAGUGCGUGUUCAUGUGCUCAAUGGCGAACGGCCAGCAGCCAUGCAGACAGGCUCCGCCGGUCUCUCCAACAGCUCGCACUGCAUCGCGGCGCUGCUGGCGCUGGCGGCGCUUCACGCGCGCUGGCUCCGCGCGCGUCUCGACAGCUGAUCACCGCGCGGCUGAGCUCGGCCGUUGUAAUAUAAAACGUCAUUGUAAAAAGCAUAGGUUAGCGUCUGCUGAAUUUUAGGUUAGGAAUGGGAUAUGUCGUUUAAAACCUCAUUUUUGCACGCGAGGGAAAGGUGGUAUAUGAAAGAGUGAGCCACAACCAGAAGUUUGUCGGGAAAGCAUUAUUUAGAGGAAUUCUAUGUCUGCAGACGGAAGGUUAUAAUGGCUGCUGGCAAUGGCGGCGCUACAUGAAGCGCCGCUUAGCCCAGCCGUAAUAUUUUAAAACGUUAUUGUAAAAAGCAUAAGAUAGACUUUAGGUUAAUGUCCCUGGAAGUUUAAUAAAGAUCUCGUUUCAUCUGAAAAUCUGUGUAAGUUUAACAACUUGAAAUGGUAAAGGCAAAUAACUUUGUCAAGAAAGCAUUGUGAAUGAAAAUUUACGUCUGAAGAUGAUUUUAGGCUAUGUUAUUUGUUUUGUCUUCAAAAAGGUCAUGGCUAAUAAAUGAGUCAAAGGUUAUAAGUUGAAUACAAGAGUUCGUUUAAUUAGAAUUAAUUUAGCUUCUAAAAUAAUAAUAAGUUUAUGGUCUAAAUUGUUAAGAGAUCUGCACCAAAUUAUUUAUAGAAUCUAAUAGUUGUUUCAAUAUUAUUUUAGAAUAUUCUUUUAUUUGUUUAUAAUCUUGCAAAUUACCAAUUUUUAAAAAUAUGUCUGCAUUCUAAUUCCUAAAGAGUGCCGUAAUGAUGCCUCACAUACGCUUAUUUGACAGCUCGAUCGUCUCCCUCCACUCUCCUUCCUCUUCAUGCGUCCGACCCUGCAGAGUCGUGUAGCUUUGAGUGAUUACUGUUAUGGCUCCU